ACUACUGUAGUAAAGCGAGCACGCUUGUUCUGUUUACAAACACGGAGCCAGUCGGCGGGACGGUUCUCGGAAAUAAUUUCGGUUUUAUCAGUGAUUUACGCAGCGAUAGUGAUCCAUAAUGGCAUCGAACGUAAUGAUUCGUUUGGCCUCGGACCGGGCGAAUUUGUCGCUGCUCUCCGGGGAUAGCAAUCCGCGGCUUUUUACACCCGGAGAAGUGAUUACAUCUCAGCAAGGCUUUAUGCGUGGCCACGGCACCUACAUGGAAGAUGAGGAUAUCAAAUCCUCCGUGGCCGGUGUUAUGGUCCAGGUCAAUAAGCUCAUCACCGUGAAGCCGCUGAAGGGUCGUUACGUAGGGGAAAUCGGAGAUGUGAUCGUGGCUCGCGUUACAGACGUCCAGCAAAAGCGAUGGAAAGUGGACACCAACUCGCGAUUGGAUUCUAUACUGCUGUUGUCGUCUGUGAAUCUUCCCGGUGGUGAGCUUCGACGAAGAGGCGUUGAGGAUGAACAGCAAAUGCGAAAAUACCUGCAGGAGGGUGAUCUUAUUUCCGCUGAGGUUCAAAAUGUGCACUCGGAUGGUGUGCUGUCCCUGCACACCAGAAGUUUAAAGUACGGUAAACUGGGACAAGGAAUACUGGUAAAAGUGUUCCCCUCGCUUAUCAAACGGCGGAAAACCCAUUUCCAUAAUUUGCCAUGCGGUGCUUCAAUCAUUCUGGGGAACAACGGAUUCAUAUGGAUAUCGCCAAUCGUUAAUACAGAAGGUGAAGAGGGAGGCGGUUUCACGCAAAACUUGGAGGAAUCCAUUUCCAAGCAGGAUCGAGAGGUCAUUUCCCGGUUGCGAAAUUGUGUUCUAGCGCUGGCCAAUUGCAAAAUGUUGCUGUACGAUACGAGUAUACUGUACGCCUACGAGGAAUCGCUCAAGUAUGAGGUGCACGAGCUACUCCACCAGGAAGCUAUGUUCGAUAUCGCUUUUCUCACGCAGCACAAACUAAGGUUGCAAGAGUGAAAUGUAUGGAGAAGGGUGGACGAAUAUAUAAUAAAAAAAAUCUGUUCUAAAUCA